AGACACCACUUCACCAUGUUACAGCGUCAAUUCCUUCGUGCAGUGCUACGUCCUACCCACGCAAUCCGCACCAGUAAUACUAUCCGUCCAGCUAUAUAUAACACGGGCACCUACCUCAACCCUACACCACUAUAUUCCACAACUCAACAACACCACUUCUCACACACAACUACCAGACCCCAAUCCAACCUCCACAAAAUGGCCUCUGCAAGCAACGAGAACUUUAAGCUGGAGAAUCUCUUCGGCGUGAAGGGCAAAGUGGCCCUGAUCACCGGCGGCGGCUCCGGCAUCGGCCUAAUGGCGACCCAAGCACUGGCGACCAACGGCGCCAAGGUCUACAUCACGGGCCGAACACAAGAGAAACUCGACCGGGUAGCAAGCCUCUACAACAAGAACAUAAGCGGGGAGAUCAUCCCGAUCGUGUCAGACAUAACCUCCAAAGAAUCCAUCAGCAAGCUCGUAAAGGAGAUUGAAUCGCGCGAAUCCCACCUCUCCAUCCUGAUCAACAAUGCCGGAAUCAGCAGCAGCACGGAUAACACGGAACCCAGCGACGCUACGGAACUGAAGAAAUCGCUGUUCGAUGAUGCGACCCCCAUGAGCGAGUGGGAAGAUACCUACCGGACGAAUGUCAUGCAGUUGUAUUUCACCACGACGGCUUUCUUGCCGCUGUUGCAGAAGGGGUCCGAGAGGGAGAAGGGGUGGAGUAGUACGGUGGUGAAUAUUACCAGUAUCUCGGGUAUUGUGAAGGUGUCGCAGCAUCAUUUCGCGUAUAAUGCUAGCAAGGCGGCGGCGAUUCAUUUGACGAAGAUGCUGGCGCAUGAGGUGGCCGAUAGUGGGUUGAGGAUUAGGGUGAAUAAUAUUGCUCCCGGGGUGUUUCCGAGUGAGAUGACGGCCGGGGAGAGUGAUGAGAAGCAGAAGAGUCAGUUGGCUAAGGAAAAGUAUGAGGGUAAGGUGCCGGCGGCGAGACCGGGCAAGGAUGAGGAUAUGGCCAGUGCGGUGUUGUUUGUUAGUACGAAUCAGUAUUUGAAUGGGCAGACGGUUGUUGUGGAUGGGGGAUAUGUGUUGGCUGCUGGGACGGUUUAAUGUAUUAUUAUGUGUGAAUGUGAAUGUAUGUUAUUGAUGUACAUCAAGGUUAUACAUCCAUUCUGAUCUCAUCACUUCUGAUGCUUUAAUCCGUCGGGCUGCAUCGGGGUUUAGCAUCGCGUAUACCACGUUUCU